GACGAGCGUGCCCAACGUCUGCCGGGAGCGCGCAGCUUGACGGCGCUGAUCAGCAUCUGCCGGCCGAGCGCGAGCCCGUGAGCAGAUGCGACGCGCGCUGCGCACCCUGUGGUAUGUGUUUUACAUGUCCUCUCGUAUCUUUCUCUGAUGUGUGUGCUAUUCAUGCAUGUUGCCCCUGCGCUACCAGCCUGCGCUCCACUUCACUCGUGCUCCUUAGGUGGGUGUCCGUCAAUGUUCCCAUUCUCUGAUGUGCACUCUUCCCGCAGGGUUGCGGAGCUGACGUCUUGGCAUGUGCUCCGCGAGUUGGACGUGUUGAGCGGUGAUCAUCGACAUCGAGGCCCUUUACACUAUCAUGACCUAUCUUAGAAUAUCGUAUGAACUGUAGUAGAGGUUACCCAUUCUCAUGAAUAGAUCACCACUUUUGCUGCCUCA